AUGAUGAUACCUGAUAUCGACGUUAACGAAAAGGUCAAUAAACCCUUGAAAGAGUUAAUAAAACCAUGGGCACUUCCGCCUAUCAAAAGUUACUGUUUUAAGAAUGGGUCGCUUAUUGAUGUGAUAGAGGGUAAAGUCCACGAAGGAGUCUCUGUAUUCACAGAAGGAGGUAGAAUAUCAAAAAUUGAAGGAGCUGACGCACUUGUUCCUGAAAAUUUUAUCACCAUAGAUUGUAAUGGAAAAUAUCUAUCCCCUGGUUUGUUUGACAAUCAUGUCCAUCUUCAAGCUGUAACGGGAGAAACCGAUUUGGGGAAGAUGAUACUCAUGACUAAGGCAAAAGCAUUGAUGAGAGUUGCGCAAAAUACUGAAGCGAUGUUGAAGAGAGGGUUCACGUCCUUGAGAGAUUGUGGAGGAGCUGAAGCGCAUGUCAAAGAAGCUAUAAAUGAAGGGUCGAUUAUUGGACCAAGAUUAUUCAUUUCGGGUCAUGCUAUAUCUCAAACCGGAGGACAUGGGCAUAUGGUGCCUGGAAAUUUGCCAGGAAAUGCUUUCGAUAGUUGUUCCUGUCAUUUGAAUCCAGUGUCGGUCAUUGCUGACGGAGUAGAUGAAUGUUAUAAAGCCUCGAGGGAGGAACUAAGAAAAGGAGCAGAUUUCAUUAAAAUAAUGGCAGGAGGUGGAGUUGCGUCUCCCACAGAUAAAAUCAGCAACACGCAGUUUUGUGAAGAUGAACUCAAGGCACUUGUGAGAGUAGCAGAAUCUUUCGGAACAUAUGUCACAGCGCAUGCCUAUACGCCUCAAAGCAUCAAAAAUUGUUUGAAUUGUGGUGUUAAAGGUAUUGAGCACGGUAAUCUUUUAGAUGAGGAAACAGCUGCAUUAAUGCAUCAAAAAGGAUGUUAUUUGACACCUACAUUAGUUACUUACAAGAUAAUGGCUUCUGACCAAUUCAGCACUUUCCUUGGUCCGGAAUCCAAAGUGAAAAAUGCUCAAGUAUUGAAAGAUGGACUUCGUGCCCUUUUAAUUGCAAAGAGAAAUAAAGUUAAAAUUUGCUAUGGUUCUGACUUGCUUGGGCCCUUAGUUGGCUAUCAAACACAGGAAUUCUUUAUACGAGGUAAAGUUUUGAGCGCUCAAGAAAUAUUGCUUUCAGCUACAGUUACUCCGGCGGAGAUGAGCGGUGUAGCCCAUGAGCUUGGUCAAAUAAAAGUUGGUUAUUUAGCAGAUAUUCUCGUGCUUGAGGAAAAUCCCUUGCAAAAUAUUGAAAUUCUUGACGAACCUGAAAAAAAUUUAAAACUUAUAAUGAAAGAUGGGAGAAUCUUUCAUAGCGACUUACCACAAAUUCAUAAAGAUGUAAGAACAACAGUUUUAUAA